AUGAAAAUAUUGUGGCUGGAUAAUGAUAAUAUUGUUAAUAUUGUUGAUGUCGAAGCUGAUGGAAAUUGUGGAUAUCGGUCGGUUGCCGGUUUAUUAGGUAUGGGUGAAGACUCUUGGUCUUUGGUCCGCACCCAUCUGCUUAUAGAACUUGACAAAUUCUCAGAAGACUAUAUCAAGCUCUUUGGUGACACGAACAAAUUUGAGGAUUUAAGGAUGUCACUACAUGUUGAUAGGUUAACCAAGAAGGAGAAGCGCACGAUAAUAGCCUCAGUUGCAUCGAAGAGAGAGAGAGAGAGAGAGAGAGAGAGAGUGGCAGCAUUUGGUGGCAAUCGUGAUGUGGCAGGAAGCCAGAACAGCCUUGAGAUCGAUGGUUUAGCUCGCUUUGCUGUUGAAGAACACAACAAAAAACAGAAUGCCCUUUUGGAGUUUGAAAAGGUAGUAAGUGCAAAACAGCAAGUGGUUUCUGGUACCUUGUACACCAUCACUUUGGAGGCAAAAGAUGGUGGGCAAAAGAAGGUUUAUGAAGCCAAAGUUUGGGAGAAGGCAUGGUUGAACUUCAAGGAGGUGCAAGAGUUCAAGCUUGUUGGAGAUGCACCUGCAUAGUCUAGUGCUUAAUUAGGUUGCAGAAGAGUGAAGAGUGAGACAGCCUGGCUUGAAGGGGAAAGCCUAAGGAUAUAUCAAAGCAUGCUAUAUGUAUAAAAUAAAUGUAGCUUUUCUACCUUCGGUAUUGAUAUUUGAAAUCGUGAUUUGGCAUCUUAUAUAUGAUCUCUGUGUUUGUCUAUACCUAUUUAUCUAUUUCUCUA